AUGUGCCACUCCAGUGGCACGGUAUUGCAAUUUAUUAUUUUCUAUCAUCAAAUAUUUUAUUCUUUUCCCCAGUGUGCUCAUGGGAGCUUAGAAGACCCCAAAAGUGUAACCCAUCACAAAUUAAUACACGCAGCUUCUGAGAGGGUGCUGAGUGAUACCAAAACCAUCUUGGAAGAGAACAUCCAAGACCAAGAUGUCUUGUUGUUGAUAAAAAAGCGUGCUCCAUCUCCACUCCCUAAGAUGGCUGACGUCUCAGCAGAAGAAAAGAAAAAACAAGAGCAGAAAGCCCCAGACAGAGAUGCAAUAGUCUGCGCCACCGCCAACCUGCCCUCCUGCAAUAUGGACCGGGCCGUGGUCCAGACCAGCAUGAGAGACUUCCAGACGGAGCUCCGGAAGAUCCUGCUGUCUCUCAUCGAGGUGGCACAGAAGCUGCUGGCGCUGAGCCCCGGCGCAGUCGAGUUGUUCACGAAAGCGAACGCGAUGCUGGACGAGGACGAGGACGAGCGAGUAGACGAGGCGGCUCUGCGGCAGCUGACGGAGAUGGGCUUCCCGGAGAGCAGGGCCGUGAAGGCCCUCCGGCUGAACCACAUGUCGGUACCUCAAGCCAUGGAGUGGUUGAUUGAGCACGCGGAAGACCCCACCAUAGACACACCCCUUCCAGGCCGCGCCUCACCCGGAGUGGCGGGGGCCGGGGCCGGGGCCGAGGCCUCAGCCGAAGCUGCUGCCGGGUCUAGCGAGGGAGAAGAAGAGGCCAGAGAUGAGCUAACGGAAAUCUUCAAGAAGAUUCGGAGGAAAAGGGAGUUUCGGGCUGACGCUCGGGCUGUCAUUUCCCUGAUGGAGAUGGGCUUCGACGAGAAGGAAGUGCUCGACGCCCUCCGAGUGAACAACAACCAGCAGAACGCAGCUUGCGAGUGGCUGCUGGGCGACCGGAAGCCCUCGCCCGAGGAGCUGGACCAGGGCAUCGACCCCAACAGCCCUCUCUUUCAAGCCAUCCUGGACAACCCAGUUGUGCAGCUGGGCCUGACCAACCCUAAGACUCUGCUGGCAUUUGAAGACAUGCUUGAAAACCCACUGAACAGCACCCAGUGGAUGAACGACCCCGAGACGGGGCCGGUCAUGCUGCAGAUCUCCAGAAUCUUCCAGACCCUGAACCGCACGUAGGCGGUGCCUGCCUGCACUGCUGAGCUGCCCCAGUGGCCUGGCCGGGAGGGGGCGGGCCUCUUAAUUCUCAACCAAGUGUGGGGAGAGCAGGGAGACCCCAGGUGGGGGCAGCUGUCCCCGAACCCCGCCCUCAGAGCCCUGCCCUGGAUUGUCAGGGCUCCAGGCUGUGCUCAUGCUUGUCUUAUUGCUUAGAAACUCGGGUGCGGCGGUGUGCCAGACCGCAGUCCAGCCAGCCUGUGACAGUGUUUACAAACAAGUGGUUGUACACAGGGAGGGCUGCCUCCCUCCAGGGGGUCCCUCUGGGCUCUUGAAACGCUACUUGAAUUGACCCAUAGGCGCUGCUUGUAGAGUCCACUUGCUGUUAAGAAGACGACCUGUUUCAAUCCAGAGUGUUCCCGUGACUAAGUAGAGGACCUCACAGAAGACUUUUCUUUAAUAAAUUCCCGUUUUCCUACUUUC